AGUGAAAUAGAACUAGAUGAGUGUGAUAGUGAAGGAGAUGAUAUAGAAGAUAUAGAGGAAGUAGAAGAGACAAUUACUGAAUUCAAGAUUCAAGAGUCAUCUGCAAAAACAAUCUGGUCUCUUAUAUCAAUUGUUCAUAUGUUAACUGAGCAAGCAUUCAAAGGAACAAUCUUUACUGACAAAGAAAAGACUGUGUCAGCAAAUAUUGUCAACUUUCUUUGGCCUUUUGUUCAAAAACACACAAUUGACAAUCAUCUUCCAGAGCCACACAUCCUAAUAUAUGCACCACUAGCAGCAUUAGCAAACUAUAUUGCAACUAUUACUGGUUUUCCCUCUCUUGUUUGCAAAUUAUCAAUCACAUCAAAGAACAUUCACUCACUACACCUUACAACUGCUAAAGUGUAUGAUGUACCAGUUGAUGAUACAAACUGGAUUACUAACUCUAAUCAAGCAGGAAAGAAUAAACCUGCCAUUUUUUUAACACAAAGAAAAUACAGAAAGGCAAAGCCUGGCAAAGCAUUUAUCAAAUCAAAUUUUGAAGCAAGAAUGAAAGGCAAGAAAGGCAAUGUUAACAUCUCCAAGUUCACACCAAACACAGAGAUGUCAAUUUCAAAAAUGGAAGCAACAGCUGAAAAAUAUACAUUACAGGUCAAAGACUUAACUAAAAUCCUGACACCUUUACAUAAAGAGAUUUCACAGCUUGAGCUGCAGCAUGAUAUAGCAACUAAACAAUUUGAAGCUAUCAAAUUAGAGAAGGCACUUGCAAAGGCUAGAAGUUCAUUAUACUCUCUAAAUAAAGCUUUGUGA